UGAGUGAUGAGUGAUGACCAAGGAUCACAUGAAAAAUCAAGCAUAGAGUGAUAGAUCAUACUAUCAUAGAACCAUGAAAUCCACAACUUCACACGGAUACCUUUCUUUUUUCUUUUUCUUUUUCUUUUUCUUUUUUUGCCUAAUUUUAAAAUCAAUAAAAAUACUGGUUUAAACAAAAUCAGAGACCACUGGAAAGUGGAAACAAAUCGACAAAGAUAGCCACCCUCUCUUCUCAUUUCCUUGCCUCUCCCCAAAAAUCCCAUCCAUAAAUUCCCCUUCUCUGCUCCACUCUCUCUCCUCCAUCUCCACCUUUCUCUAGGGUUCAUCUUCUUCCUCCUUCCUCCACCGCUCUUUCUCUCUCCACAAAAAAUGUCAGGAAGCGGCGUUGUCACCGUCUAUGGAAACGGCGCAAUUACCGAGACCUCCACCAACAAGAAAUCCCCAUUCUCCGUCAAAGUCGGCCUCGCUCAAAUGCUCCGUGGUGGCGUCAUCAUGGACGUCGUCAACGCUGAACAGGCCCGUAUCGCCGAGGAAGCCGGUGCAUGUGCCGUCAUGGCUCUUGAACGUGUCCCCGCCGACAUCCGUGCCCAAGGCGGUGUGGCCCGUAUGUCCGACCCGCAACUCAUUAAGGAAAUCAAGCGGGCUGUCACCAUCCCCGUCAUGGCCAAGGCCCGUAUUGGCCAUUUCGUGGAGGCGCAAAUUCUGGAAGCCAUCGGUGUCGACUAUGUCGAUGAAUCCGAGGUUUUAACCCUAGCCGAUGACGAAAACCAUAUCAACAAGCACAAUUUCCAGAUCCCCUUCGUUUGCGGCUGCCGUAACCUCGGAGAAGCCCUCCGCCGUAUCCGCGAAGGCGCGGCGAUGAUCCGAACCAAAGGAGAAGCCGGUACAGGGAACAUCAUCGAGGCUGUCCGUCACGUGAGGUCCGUGAUGGGAGAUAUCCGGGUGCUUCGCAACAUGGAUGAUGAUGAGGUGUUUACAUUUGCUAAGAAGAUAUCUGCACCCUAUGAUCUUGUGAUGCAGACAAAGCAGCUUGGAAGGCUCCCCGUGGUUCAUUUCGCAGCGGGUGGCGUUGCGACCCCGGCCGAUGCGGCGCUGAUGAUGCAGCUUGGGUGUGACGGAGUGUUUGUGGGUUCUGGUGUGUUUAAGAGUGGUGAUCCUGCAAGGCGGGCGAGGGCUAUUGUUCAGGCCGUGACACAUUACAGUGACCCAGGAAUGUUGGCGGAUGUGAGUUGUGGGUUGGGAGAGGCGAUGGUUGGAAUUAAUUUGAAUGAUGAGAAGGUUGAGAGGUAUGCUGCUCGUUCUGAGUGAAUGUUAUAGUAUUUGAUAAUAAUAGAAAUUGGGAUUUUCCAGAGGGGUUUAUGUUUCUUAAGCUUUUAGUGAUGAUUAGGUUUAUGUUGUUUUUGGGUUUGGAAUUCAUAUAGUUUUUUCAAAAGAAAAGAAAAAUAUAUAAAAAAAAACGUAGUGAAGAAUCAUAAAACAUAUGAUGAUGUAAUUCAGCAUUUUCUAAUGAAAUGAAUUGGGUUUUCUGCUUCAA